UCUGAGGAAAAAGCAAAUCAUCCCAUUCAGUGAUACAGAGCUAACGGCGAUGAAUAACUUUUCAUCCAACUACAAAGUGCUCACAAUUCAAGAGUCACUGAUAGUCAUCUUUGCCCUGAUAGGGCUGGCUGGAAAUGCUACUGUGCUCUGGCUCCUGGGAAUUCAAAGGCACAAAAAGGCCAUCUCAGUCUACAUCCUCAACCUGGCCAUAUCGGACUUUCUUUUCCUCUGUUGCCUCCUUGUAUUCUUUCUGUGGAAUCUCAUUGAUAGAUUUGACUACAACUACUUCAAGCACAUACACGCUGCAGGGAUGUGUUUCUACAUCGUCAGCCUGUCUAUGCUCAGUGCCAUCAGCAUGGAACGCUGCCUGGUGAUCCUGUUCCCCAUCUGGUACCACUGCCACCGGCCAAGAUACAUGUCGGAUGUCAUGUGUUCCCUACUCUGGGUUCUGUCCUUACUGUUCACUACCCUGACACACAUCUCACAUAACUUUCCAUCGGGGUUCAUUCGACUGGAUAUGGGAAUGCGUUUCUUUGCAGUUUCAUGUCUAACCAUUUUAUUUGUGGUUCUCUGUGGGUCUAAUAUGGUCUUGCUGAUCAGGAUGCUCUGUGGCUCCACGAGGUUGCCACUGACCAGACUGUAUGUGACCAUUGGGCUCUCAGUCCUUAUCUUCCUCGUCUGUAGCCUACCUAUUUGUGUUGUGACAGUCUGGGGUGACACUAUUAUUUUAAAAAUUGGUUUAAAAUAUCAGAUCUUUGAGAGGACUGCUUAUCUGCUAUCUGGUGUCAACAGCAGUGCCAACCCCAUCAUUUACUUCUUUGUUGGCUCCUUUAGGCAGAAACAGCAACAGCGGUGGAAGCCACAGUCCCUGAAAUUGGUUCUUCAGAAGGCUUUGGAGGAUGGAGGUGAGAGAGAGAAUAGUGGUGAAAGGCUUGCUCAGGAAAGGGUGGAGCUGUCAGAACAUGUGAGGAGCAGCUGAGCUGCAGCUGAGCCACAGCAGAGCCAGAGGUCACUAAACUCUACUUAGACCUGGGGCAAAACCAGUCUCAUGCAAUACCAGAGACAGAUCAUGUAAACAAGUUGACCUCUAGCUCAGUUGCAUAUCAGCAGGUGUCCAGCCUCGGUGUUCCUCCCUGUUAACUACAGCACAGGUAGCUCUGAAAAGGUUUCAUUUCUCGUGUUCUCAGCGAAACACUUAAGACUUUGCUCUUUGGACCCCAUCAUGUGCUUUCUCACUUUAUUACUUUGUAUAAAGACAUUGGGGCCAGCGCAGCUUUGCUGCUUCUCCAUCAGAGGGCCGAGUCCCACCAAGGCCCAACUUUUGUUUUCUUAUUUGUCUUGUCUUUCUUAAUCUCCAGUCACUCCCUCUCAGGACCCCACCUGAAGGUUACAGCAAGAUUUCCCUUCAAUAUACUAAUUCUGCAGCUACCGCGUUCACUCAGAGAAGUUGUCCCUCUAGUUUACUUAUAUAAUUAUCAAAGCUCACACCCUUAUAUAGAUAUAAAGAGAUUUAAGUUUACAGAUAAAGAUAUAAAUAGACAGAGGCCUAUUUACACAUGCAUUGUCAUCAGUAAUUUUCACAUACAGCAACAGUUAAAUACUUGUAACAGAGACUGUAUUACUACAAAUAUUAAAAUAUUUAAUGACUUUUGCUGUACGUGUGUUCGCAAAUGUGCACACAUGGGAGCUUUAACUUACAAAGAUAUAAGUUCUUUUCUGUUUAUGUUAUCUGGGAAAGGCUGUUGUCUCUUUGUCUCAGACUUACAGUUUAUCGGGAAGCCAGUGCCAAGAAACAGAAGUCAAGACCCAUAGGAGCCAACUAGCAGGCCCACCUGUGCUCUCACUGCCAGAAAGACUUGAAAACAUCAGGGUUCUUCCACUGAAGUUGGUUUCCUUCAUAAUGAAACUAAAGCACACUGCAGCAAGCAGUCAAAGAAGCCAAGGUUUUACAAACAGCAUGCGGAGCAGUUGUAGGACUAGCAGUUGGUUCUCUUGCCAGGAGGCAGCUAACAGGGAAGCAAUGACAAACGUGAGCAUCCUAGGAUGCUUGCACCAACCAUAGCUGCUGCUUCAAGUCCAAGGAUCCAAGCUCAUGUAUAACCUAACCAGAAAUUUAAAGGGAAGGAAAUCUGAGAGUUGCAGUUCAGCAUAGAUAAGUUAACACUUUUAAGUAAUUGCAAUCUAUUCCUUUUCAACUUUUUUACUUUUCAACCUCUUCAAACCAUUGACAACUCUAAAUAAAGUAAAAAAUCAAGUCUCCCCCUAUUUGGAUAAAACUACACAAACCACACCUGAAAAUGGUAAUACACAAAAACAAUUUAUCUUGCCAAUAGUCACCCUAUUACUGUAUAGUCUUUUCAAAACCACUGCCCAUUUUUAUACAGUUAUCUCUCUACAUUCUUUGUUGUUCUUUAAGUAUUUUAAAUUUUAAAAUACUUUAGUUAGUGUAAUAACUUGGACCCCAGUAUAAAAUCCAAGGAAGCAAGAGACUGAAAUUUGGGGAGCAAAGGCUUUAUUAGGCCAGGCCUGGUGAUGAGUCUCUGGGAGCCAAUUUGGAGACUUCAUGCCAGAGAUUGAAGGAAGGGGGAUUUUAAAAGCAGGAGAGAGGGGGGAGGAAAAACAAAGAAACCUUCAGAGCCCUCAAACUUGUUGACCCAAAUCUGGAAACUGGAUAGCUGUCCACUUAGCUCUGACAACUUUGGGAGCCUUUGGCGCCUUUUGAGUUACUCCCAUCCUGCAGAUAAGAAUUAUCUGCAAUAACAUUUAGAGAAGAAAGUAGAAAGCUAAUUAUCUCAGGAUAGCUCGUUAACACUAACAGGUGGGAGUUACAAGAAGCUGAAACUUAAGCCUUCACAAGGAUUUGGAACUUAACCUGUUUGGUACAUUAGGGUUAAGCCACAACAUUUUCCUGUAAUUUCUUUGAAGCUAAGAAGUUCUUAAAAACAGAGCAGGCUCAUUUUAUGACAGACCACCACCUGGUCGGGAAGAGGUCACCAGAAACUCAAAAUCUUUAUGGCCUAGCCUAGAUAGAUAGGUAAGGGGAGAGGGGAGGCAAUAAGGCACGAUACAGAACAGAAAAUGGCGGUUAUGUGUUUCUUUCUUUCUGGGGAGGGGUAUCAAGGUCAGGUAAAGGGUUAUGCUAAUAAGCAAAUCUCCCUGCACACAAGCAAGUUACUUCAAACAAGUGUAAAUUAGAGGGCCAUCCUAGUUUUCUUUAGCUCUUUAGUGGAGAAUAGAGGCGCCUAACAGUGAUUAACAACCCUUGUUAGCUUGCUUUAGCACCACUUCUGUUAUUUAUAGAGGGCAACUCUGGUUAACAUAUCAGUUAGGUAAGGUUUUACAAUUCUUUACA